UUGGUCAAACAGCUCAACAAUACUUCGCAGUGGUCAGAAGGAACGCUAAUAUUUGGGAGUUAGAUACAAUUAUUUAUCCUACUAUUGCUCGCAUAGAUCUUCAAAUUCAAGAUCAAAUGUAAGCGUGUAGUUCCAAACAAGUACUUCCCAAAUAUUGGUCACACAUUUAUUAUAUUUCCUAUUGCAUGGAUAACGUUUGCUCGGACAAACGUACAUUUUUUCAGACUCCCAGCUUCAGGCAAGAAAGGAUGACUCCACUCCAGCCCUUCUUCUUGUUCCUGCUGCUGCUGCUGCCUCUGGCCUCAACACUGGAGCCUCGCAGAUUCCUGCCUUAUGACAGUGACAAUACUCACACGUUUCAUGAGGAGGGAGUGUUCGACUACUCCACCAUGCUGCUGAGGGAGGACCUGGACCUGCUGGUGGUGGGUGCCAGCGGGAUGCUGUACGCUCUCCACCUCAAUGACAUCUCCAAGAAAAACGACUCAGUGAAAUGGGACGUGACACCGCAGCAGGUCUUGAAGUGUGAAGCUAAAACCAUCCAUGCAGCUACUGACUGCAGGAACCAGAUCAAAACCCUCCUGAAAACUCAGGACGACCGGAUGUUAGUGUGUGGAACCAAUGCACGGGAUCCACGGUGUGAUCACAUGUCAUACGUGGAUGGGAAGUUGACUCUUGAGGGGAAAGAAGAGAGUGGAGAAUUCAAGUGUCCAAAUGAUCCUUCUGAGAGCUCUGCCUCACUCAUGAUCGGAAACAAUGUGUACUCAGCCACUGAAUCUGUCUUCUCACGAAGUCCUCCAAACUUUGUGCGGACAUUAGAAAACAAAAACACUUUCACUGAUCCCAAAUUUGUGGCCAUGGAGAUGAUUCCUGAGAGUGAAAACAGUGACACUGGAGAUGAUGACAAGAUCUACCUGUUCUUCAGUGAGAAAGGUGUGGACUAUCAAACCUACAAACCCACGCUUCUUAGCUGCGUGGCUCGAGUCUGCAAGGGAGACCUUGGAGGUCAGGGUUCUCUCCAUCAAAGAUGGACGUCCUUAAUUCAGGCCAGACUACAAUGUCCAGUUCCAGGGUCCAAAUGGCCUUUAAUAAUCCAGGACAGCUACCGCUGGUGUGACCCCCAACAAGACUGGAAGUCAUGUCUGUUCUUUGCUGUCUUCACAUCACAGACUUGGCCAUCAGUUGUGUCGGCAGUGUGUGUCUACAGUGUGACUGACAUCAGCAGAGAGUUUUCCGGGGGACAUUUUCUGAACACAGAUUUGAAUAUGAGGAAACCAUUCAAAGGGCCUCGACCAGGCUCGUGCAUCGAUAAUGCAGCACGGAAGGCUGGCAUCAAUCAGAGUUUGCUCCUCCCACCCGAGACCCUUGAGUUUAUGAAGAAGAAUCUCAUCAUGAAGGACAACAUCCAGCCAGUAGGAGGGAAAGCGUCACUGGUGACAGAGAGAGGGGAAUUCACACGCAUCAUCGUCGACCAAGUUCAGACGACAGAUGGUGACAGCCAUCAUGUGAUGUUCAUCGGCACAAAGAAAGGAACCAUCCUUAAAGCAGUCAACUACGAUGGAGAGAUGUUCAUCAUCCAAGAAGUUCAAGUCUUUAAGACCCCGGAGCCGAUCAAGAUUCUCAAGUUCUCCAGCGUCAGGCGUCAGAUCUACGCAGGCUCAGACUCUGGAGUCGUGCAGGUGUCAGCGUCCUCCUGUGGAAGAUCUUUGUCUUGCGUGGACUGUGUUCUUGCCAGAGACCCUUACUGUGGCUGGGACCAAGCUGCUGGCCGAUGUACUGCUCUGUCUGCUGCACCCAGUCUCCUGCUCCAGAGUGUUAAAGAAGGCAACGCCUCUCUGUGUCCCAAAACUGAAGUCCAAACUGAGAAGAAAUCCCUCGCUGCUCCUGGGUAUCUGAAGCUUCUCUGCUCUUCAGAAUCAAAGCUGGCUACAAUCAGGUGGGAGAAAGAUCAUUCUCCACUGGUCUCUUCACCUCGUCGUCUGGAGCUAGAAGAUGGACUGUUCAUCCUGAAUGUCUCAAAGUCUGACGCUGGUCUCUACCGCUGCCUCUCUGUGGGGAGGUCCAGAGAGGAUGAAUACAUAACUGUAAUUGCCCAGUACAAUGUUACCAUCGAGGAAGAAACCAGAGAAGCUCAGGUUGAGCCGUACAAUUACCCUGUCCUUGCUCAGCAGAUUGGGUUGGUGCUGGCCAUCUGGGCUUUCUUUGGGAUCCUAAUCUGGAACUUCUACAAAGGUUACUUGCGCCUUUCUUGUAUGUGCAGCAGACCAGGAUCAGAUGUAGAUCAGGAAUCUCCUGUAUGCACAAACAGCAAGGAUCAGCCAGAAAAUGAAGAAAAUGACAUGUCCACUGAAGUCUAAUUCUUAGAGGUGAACCAACGUCUCCAAGACCUGUAUUUAUUUUCGAUUUGCUAUCCAUUAAUAUUUGUCUUAUACUUGUUUUUUAAGAUACGGCUACUCUUGGGAACAUUAUUGAGGUGUAGAGAGAAAAACACUUUUGUCAUGCUGAUACUGGGUUUAUUAUGUUGCUUUUACUGACUGACAAUAAUUCCUCAUUUAAAAUGUUUUUGUUGAAAUAUUCAUUACAUCUUGGUUUUAUAUUAUUUCAUGUCAAUAAAGAUUUAAACUGGA